AUGAGCUCCGUAUCGACGCCUCCGCCCGUAAAACUCACAUGGUCCGGGUCGGCCACCAUCAAGCCUGCGGUGAAGCACUUCAACAUGCCCUCUUUCAACGGUGUCACCCCCUCCGGCCCGCCCAAUCUCACCAUCGCCAGCCCCACCCGCGCCUUCAACCUCAACCGCUCGCCCCGCUCCCCGAAAAUACUCAUCUCCAGCCCCGCUACGAGCCCGACCACAAGCCGCCCAGCUACGCCCACAUCCCUGUCCUUCGCGCCCAUAGCCGAGAACAGCCCGCGCCGCACGAUCGAGAUCGAGGCCGGCGUCGAGAGCAGCGUGGUUGUACGCGAGGAAGUGGAUCGCGUGGAGCGGCACAAGGAGGAGGAGGAGGCGCGCGCCUGCGAGCUGCGCGAGCGGCUAAGGCGCGAGCAGGAGACCAGCGACGCCCUUGCGGCCAUCGAAUGCCUCCUUCCGGGCCUCGAGAGCGCCCCCGUCAUGGCUCGUGAGCCCCCCGCGUCUACCACGCUCUACUCAGCGCCGGCAGCUCCGACCUCUGCGGCGGCGCCCGUGCGCCCCAAGGCCGACGAUGCGCUACUGCGGCAGCAGCGCGAACUCGAGGCCCAGCGCGAGCAGCUGAGGCGCGAGCAGGCCGAGUGGGAGGAGAUGAAGCGGGCGCAACAGGCCAAGAACCAACGAGCCCGGGAGCUGGACCACCACCGCGAGCAGUUGCAGCGCGAGCAACAGGAGCGCGAGCAGCUCCAGCGCGAGUUGGAGGCCCAGAAGGCGCAGCUCCAGCGCGAGAAGGAGCAGUGGGAGCGACAGAAGCGGGAGAUGCAGGAGAGAGAGGAGGCGGAGCUGAGGGAGAAGGAGGCCAAGGAGCGGGAGCUGAAGGAGCAGCUGAGGCGGGAGAAGGAGCAGUUGGAGAAGGAGCACCAGCAGCUCAAGCUGAUGAAGGAGAAGGAAAUGAUUCAAGAAAAGAGAAAAGAAGAAGAAAAGGAGACCACCAAGGAGCAGCAGGUGAGGAAGGAGCAGGAGCUUAAGGAGAAGCUGCAGAAGGAGAAGGAGCAAAUCGAAAAGGAACACAAGCAGAUGAUGGAGAGGAGAGAGAAUGAGCAGAAGAGAGCCCAAGAGUUGAAGGAGACACAGCUCAGGGAACAGCAACUGAAGGAGAAGAAGGCGCUUCAACUACAACAGCAGCAGCAGCAACAUCAGGAGAAGCAGAACAGCCAGAACGUGGGCCACGACGACGAGAAUGUGAAGAAUGAGGACCUGAGCCGGGAGGCCCUCAUCCAGAGGUUCAUCAGGGUCAUGGAGGGCAUCAAGGCCACGACGGCUGGCGGCGACCUGACCUACCAGGGCGAGACGGCGGUCAAGGCGGUCAUGCUCGCCCGCGACAUCAGCCUGCGCGUCGACAAGCACCUCGAUGACCAGGCGGCCGCCAUGCCGGCCGACCUCGACGACGACACCUUUUCGUCCCUGUCCACCUCCAUGGAUGAUAUCCGCGACGAGCUCCUCUUCGUCGCUACUACCACUGCUCGCUUCAUCGCCGGCUGGAGGGACGGGAAGCACGAUCAGGCCGCGAUCCAAACGUCGGUGGAUGCCAUGGCUGCGAAGGCCCUCGCGCUGCUCUCCCGCCUCUCUACCCUCGCCCACGUCCUCUCUCGCUGCUGA